AUGACACAGGGAAAACCAGCAGCAAAUAUUAGCUUUCCAGACGAGGAAGAAAAAAUCCUUAAAUAUUGGAAAGAAAUAGAUGCCUUCCGAACUUCUUUGAAACAGUCAGCUGGAAAACCAAGGUACACGUUUUAUGAUGGGCCACCAUUUCCAACUGGACUGCCUCAUUAUGGCCACAUUUUGGGUGGAACAGUAAAAGAUGUAGUUACCCGCUGGGCUCACCAAACGGGCUUCCAUGUAGAGAGAAGGUUUGGAUGGGAUUGUCAUGGUCUACCAGUGGAAUAUGAGAUUGACAAAUCAUUAGGACUCAAAGGUCCCGAGGAUGUUCAGAAACUGGGGAUUAAAGCGUACAAUGAUGAAUGUAGGAAGGUUGUCAUGAGAUACUCCACCGAAUGGCAGGAGAUUGUAACCCGUCUGGGACGCUGGAUUGACUUUGAGAACGACUACAAAACAAUGUACCCCUCUUUUAUUGAGAGUAUUUGGUGGGUGACUAAAGAGUUACAUAAAAAGGGCUUAUUGUAUAAGGACACAAAGGUUGUGCCGUAUUCCACUGCCUGCAACACCCCUCUGUCAAAUUUUGAAGCUGUACAGAAUUGUAAGGUCGUGGAGGAUCCAUCAGUGAUAGUAACAUUCCCUCUUCUGGAUGACCCCAAUGUUGCCAUGGUUGCCUGGACAGCAUCCCCGUGGACGUUGCCUAGCAACUUAUCUCUUUGCGUGAAUCCCAAUAUGAACUAUGUUAAAAUCAAAGAUAACUCCACAGGGAAGGUGUACAUUAUGAUGGAAGCUAGAUUGGAGGCUCUGUUCAAAAAGGACAACGAGUACACAGUUUUAAAGAAAUAUGAAGGACGAGCUCUUGAAGGCAUACGAUAUGACCCAAUCUUUCCAUACUUCAAAUAUAUGAGAGAGAAGACAGGUGCAUUUCGAGUUCUACUAGAUGAGCAAGUUUCAGCUCAGAGUGGGACAGGUGUAGUCCCCCAGUCACCCUACUUUCAAGAGGAUGAUUAUCACGUGUGUUUGAGGUAUGGUGUCAUCACCAAAGACAUGAAAAUUAUAUGUCCCGUCGAUGCAACUGGAAAAUUCACCGAUGAGGUUGAAGAUUUCAAAGGACAAUAUGUCAAGAAUGCAGACAAAUGCAUUAUACAAUACUUGAGAGAGAAGGGUCGUUUGGUACAUCAGACAACAUUCAAACAUAAAUACCCAUUCUGCUGGAGGUCGGAGACACCAUUGAUUUACAAGGCUGUGCCCAGCUGGUUUGUGAGAGUGGAACAGGCAACAACACAGCUACUAGAAAACAACCAGAAAACAUACUGGGUGCCAGACUUUGUGAAAGAAAAGAAGUUCGCAAAUUGGCUCCGGGAACCCCAAGACUGGGUUGUAUCUCGUAACAGGUACUGGGGAACACCAAUCCCAAUUUGGAUCAGUGAAGACGGAGAAGAGAUUGUUUGUGUCGGAUCAAUAGAGGAACUUAAACAACUGUCAGGUGUAGAAGUCACAGAUCUCCACAGAGAAUUUUUGGAUAAUGUCACCAUCCCUUCCAAACUCGGAAAAGGAGUCCUAAGACGUACCCCUGAAGUGUUUGACUGUUGGUUUGAUAUUGGCUGCGUGCCUUAUGCCCAUAUUCACUAUCCCUUUGAACGGAAGAGUGAUUUUGACGAUUCCUUUCCUGCUGACAUCAUAGCUGAAGGACUGGAUCAGACGAGAGGAUGGUUCUACACACUGCUUGUGCUAUCCACUCUACUUUUUGGAAAACCAGCAUUCAAAAAUGUCAUUGUCAAUGGCAUUGUCCUGGCUGAGGAUGGAAAUAAGAUGAGCAAAAGACUGAAGAACUACCCAGACCCAAUGCUGAUUGUCCACAAAUAUGGUGCUGAUGCACUCAGAUUUUACCUGUGCAACUCUCCUGCUUUAAAGGCAGAAGGUCUACGGUUUAAGGAAAAGGGGGUAGAUGGAGUGGUCAAGCGUGUGUUCCUUCCUUGGUACAAUGCCUACAGAUUCUUCAUGCAAAAUGUCGACAAAUAUCAGACUGAACAUGGUCUGAUUUUUUUGGUCAGCGAGAAUAAGAUCACCAAACGAGCCAACUAUACUGACCGCUGGAUCCUGUCACUAACUCAAUCACUCAUCAAGUUUGUUCGAAACGAAAUGAAAGCAUACCGUUUGUACACGUUGAUGCCGACACUUGUAAAAUUUAUAAAGCAACUCACCAACUGGUACAUCAGGAUGAACAGAAGGAGACUAAAGGGAGAAAAUGGUCUGGAUGAUUGUAGGAUGGCCUUGGAAACUCUAUUUUCUGUUCUAAUGACCAUGAGUAGGCUUCUGGCUCCCAUGAUUCCAUACAUCACAGAAUACAUGUUCCAGGGUCUUCGGAAAUGGAUUGAUCCCGAGUCUGUGGAAACACAGGACAUUCGCAGUGUUCACUUUCUUAUGAUACCCAGUUAUCGGGAGGAUCUGAUCGACACUGCGGCCGAAAGAUCCGUGUUUCACAUGCAGUCUGUUAUAGAAUUGGGACGCAUCAUAAGGACAAGGAACAAAUUACCCCUUAAGUAUCCCCUCAAAGAGGUCGUCGUCAUCCAUAGUGACCCAGAGAUUGUAAAAGACAUUCAAUCUCUCAAGUCGUACAUUGUGAAGGAACUAAAUGUACAAACGGUCAAAAUAUCUGAGAACAAGUCCGAUUAUGGGGCACAUCUUGUUGCGAGAACCGAUUUUAAGUCGUUGGGAGCUAGGAUGAAAGAAGCUGUGAAGACUAUUGAUAAGACUGUACAGAAACUGACAGAUGCAGAGCUGGAAGAUUUUCAGUCAAAUGGAAAGAUAGCUGUGGCUGGCCAUGUGUUGGGGCAAAGAGACAUUAAAAUAAUGUACAAGUGCGACAGGGCUAAGGUGAAAAAUUCCUUUGACGCAAACUGGAAAAAAGAGAUUUUAGUUUUAAUGGACAUAGUUCCAGAUCAGAGUAUGCUGGAUGAGGGUGUAGCCAAAAAGGUCAUCAACUUAGUCCAGAAACUACGAAAAAAAGGUCAAUCUGUUCCGUCAGAUCAGAUUACCGUGUAUUACAAGGCAUCUGGAGAUCUACAGAGGAUAAUCCAGGAGUUCAGUGAUUUUAUCUCCAAUGCCAUGGGACAUCAAAUCUUACCAUUCCCUGUCCCACCAUUACAAAAAGUCUUCCUGCAGAAAGCAAUGAAGGUGAAAAAGGAAAAAUUGGAGAUAGCCAUUUUAAAACAGAAAGCGAUCGUAAGUCCAUGCAAUAACCUAAGCUUUCUCAACCAAACUCAAGCUAAUGGUACACCCUUUCAUACAAUAAUUAAUGGAGUUCUUGUUGGCAUGCCCCAACAGAAGGGAGAAGAGGGCAACGAAGCCAUUAACUGUUCCUUUGGAUAA